GUUCUCCUGAAUGGCAAAAUAUGGCAAGAUGAUCGUCGUGAAUUUCUCGUAAAUUUAACGCGUUAACCAAAUUAAUUGUCAUCAAAAACCACUGUUGGCGAUACUUCAGGCCUUCAGGUCGCCGGGAGAUAACGUUUGAAACGCAAAAAAAGAGACAAAAACCGCAGGAAGAGGUGUUUUGGAAUCAACAAAUCGCAGUAAAAAUCGCAGCAAAGAUGAAUUUUGACGACUACGAGCAGCUGCCAGUGUCGAGUAUGGGCGCAAAUAUGACAGCAGGAGCGAUCGCCGGAGUCAUGGAGCACUGCGUCAUGUACCCGCUGGACUCGGUCAAGACACGGAUGCAAAGUUUGUCACACAUCAGCACCACAAUUACAACCACGCUCAGCGACAUGAUAAAGAAAGAGGGUUUUAUGAGGCCAGUGCGAGGCAUGGGAGCCGUCGUUCUCGGUGCAGGACCCGCACAUGCGCUCUAUUUUGGAACAUACGAACACACGAAAGAGUGGUUAGCCAAGGUUACAGUCAACAAUAAUGUUAGUUAUGUGUUGAGUGCGGUGACGGCAACCCUUAUACACGAUGCCAUUUCAAAUCCGACGGAGGUCAUUAAGCAACGACUCCAAAUGUACGAUUCGCCAUACAAGUCUGUGGUGCAUUGUGCGCGGAUGGUUUAUCAGCAGGAAGGAUUACGUGCGUUUUAUCGGUCGUAUGCGACGCAACUUUGCAUGAAUCUGCCGUAUCAGGCGAUUCACUUUAGUACAUACGAGUUCUUUCAAAAUUUGCUAAACAAAGAUCGGCAAUACGAUCCCCGUGUUCACAUGAUUGCCGGCGGAGCGGCAGGCGCCUCAGCUGCUGCCCUCACAACACCCCUAGACGUCUGCAAAACACUGCUCAACACACAAGAAGACGGCGUCGGCAAAACGCGAGGCCUGGCGCAAGCCAUGAAAAAAGUCUACAGUGUCGCCGGCAUCGCGGGCUUCUUCAAGGGCAUGAAACCACGUGUGCUGUACCAAAUGCCCGCCACAGCAAUUUGCUGGUCCACCUACGAAUUCUUCAAAUACCUACUAAACAGAACACACAAAUCGAAGUUGGAGCCGAAAGAUGUCGUGGGAACGCUCGCAACGGCGACAGCGGGCGUCGAGCGACUGCAUUACGUGUUACCUGUGCCGGCAACCGUGAGUGCAGCGACGACCGCAGCGACGGAAACAGCAACGACCGCAGCAUCGACGGCACGCGAAUUACCCGGCUUGAAGCCACGAGAGCUGCCUGCGAUGUCGGGCGCCGGCAUGUAUGGUGCACUUAGCUUUACCACAAUGCACUCCUCCGCCGACAGUAUCACGGACAUCGGCAGCAGUCGACGCAGUAGUGUUUAAGGGCGUUGUGUUUAGAGACCUUGUAUUUAGUGACUAGAGUUGACCUUGUACUAUUUAAGAACACGCAUGUUUUAAUUUCACCCAAAAACUCGGAAAUUUGUAGGAAUUGUGGCAUUGUCACACAAAAAAAAACCACAAAAUAGUCAAAAUUUCGUGUACAAAAAUUUUACAUGUUCAAAAUUGCAUAAAAAAAAUUAAUUUAUUAUUAUUUGGAAUAAUUUUUGUUGUUAAAGCUGUUCCAAAUUUAUUUCAAAGUUUUUGUCCAGAAAAAUUUUUUUUUUCAA